ACGUUUGGAUGAUUGAGACUUACAUUGGAAAAGGUCGAGUCCGACUCACUUGACUAGAAGUUGAAUAACUUCAAGUUCAACAAGUUGAAUAUAUAAUUAACCUUAUUACGUCUUGAUCACGAUUAAUGGAUAACAAGUGAUACGAAAAAUAAACAUGGUGGCACAGAACCUGAGUUUCUCUAAGAUCGGUACCUUGAUUGGAGCAUUUCUUGGAACAAGCUAUCUCAUUCACAUCUCUUGGAUGGAAUACUGCCGACAGCGAGAAAUGAAAUUAUUAGAAGUUGCUAAGAAAGAAGUUUAUGACCAAUAUCCAGAGCUCCGCCAGUACGUAAAUCUUAACAAGGAUGACUUCAAUGAGUAUGCUGACCAGUAUACGCUAAAGAUGGAAAAAAAGAAGGAAGAAAAGUAACUAUUCAUUAUUCAAAAAUUCAACGAAUUCCUUGGGAAAAAAAGUUGUAUGUCACAUGUGUAAAUGAUGAUGCAAAAAAGUCGUGGAAUAGUGAAGUCACCCAAACAAUUUUUCGUACUUUUAUUUAGUACAAUAUUUUUGAGAAAAGCUGUAGAGAAGUAUAGAUUUCAUACGAUACGCAUGAAUGAACCUUCCACUGGUUUGGAGAGGUACGAGAUGAGGAAAGCGAAACGUGAGGCAAUUAGAAGACGUGAAGAAAGUCAAUUUAUUCGGGUUAGUCAGAUUGAGGAGACGUAGAUACAGGAACAUUGUGGUUGUAUCUCGAAAAUGAGUUCAAGAAAGAGCACCAAGGAAGAGAGUACGGUUCACCAAAGUGAACUCCGGGACAAUCUGGAGGGAUUGAAAUUGUUAAAAAAUAUUGUUGUGACUUGUCGUGGCCCACAUGGUAAGGUCAAGGUCAUUCAGAAUUCAUCUGGUGGACAUGUGACCUUGACGUCAUCAUCUGGGCGUCUUUUACCAGUGUUAUCUGUAUCUAAGCCACUAUUGAAGCUGUUGGUAUCGUUGACGGAGGCUCAUCUUCGAAUGUUUAGUGAUGGCGGAUUGUCUUUGAUGGCCUGGUGUCUCAAUAUUGUUGAAUUGUCUGAGAAUUCUUUGGUUACUAACCGAUGUUUGAUAGAACUCUAUGAUGAGUUGAUGGAACUGGCUGCAGGUGUUUUGAGCUCUAACGACUUUCCAGGAAGAGUAAAUUUUACGUUGUCUAAUAUUGCUCAGAUUUUAUCGUUAGUGAGAACAAUUCUCUCAUCUAAGCCACUCUGCAAAUUGUCAUCAGAAUGUUUAAAGCACUUGACUUCCAUGGUUGUGGAAUGUUUCUUGUCCUCUGUGAAGGGAGAUUAUAAGAACACUAAUUGUGUCUUAAUUCUUACUGCGGAGGGUUUAUCAGCGAAUCGGUCAAAUUAUGUGCCUGGAAUCUUAAUGUUGUAUCCAGAAAUUUCUUCCUCGUGUGUGAGAAAACUUCCAUUCAAUGUGAAGGAUAAAAGGAUUACAGUUGCCUUGGUGACAGUGUCAAUGUCAGGUGACAGUGAUGAGGUCAUUCAGGGUCAGUAUGAACGGAACGUAGAGGUUAAUGCAGAGAAGACUGUAAUAGAUUAUAUGAAGACGUUUUGUGAUCGUUUGAUUGGCUGUGGAGUGGAAGUGAUCAUGUGUCAAAAGGUCAUUCAUCCGUGGAUUAAAUCCCAGCUGAGGCAACGUAAAGUGUUUGUGAUUGAGCGAAUGGGAGCCAGACUGACAAGCUUUGCUCAAGAUUUGACAGGUGCAACCCCUAUCAACUCUUUCUCCUGUGAUCCAGACAAGUGCCUUGGCUAUUUGGAUUCUAUAGAUCAUGUCGUCCUGAACAAGAAGAGUUAUCUCCACCUACAGAGGGCAGCCAUUGGGAUCAACACUUUAAUGUUGUACAGCAUGGAGGAAGAGAUGGUAUCAGAGCUCAAGUUGGUAUGCGAGACGGCUUUUGACACCUUACAGAAUAUACUGCAGUGUCCCAUAAUGCUUUGUGGUGGAGGAUGCUGGGAAACAAGUCUUAGCUUUCACAUCAAACGGAAGGUGAAUGAAAAAAAGAAUUCAAUCCUUGAGAAAAUCAGGUGUACCCCAACAGCAUUAUCAUCAGCCUGCGAAAUCUUUUGUAAGAGCCUCUUUCAGAUUGCCAUGACAACUGGACAUACUGGGGUCAUGAUGAUGACUUCCUUUCCUACCUUUCACUGCUGGAGAGUUCCACUUGAUAGUGAUGAACAGUUCAAUGUUGGAACUUUAACCUGUGCAUGUGGGACAGUGACUGAGCACUUUGAGAAUUUGAUGUCUUUGAAUGAUGUAAAUGUUGAUGCAUAUUCAUCUACAGAUGAUGUAAUUUUGAAAAAUGAAGUUUAUAAGAUUCAACAGAUUUCACAAACAAAGUCGUGUGUUUUAGAUUCUUAUAUUUGUUUUAGCAGUGCGUUUAGGAAGGCUGUUUUCACAGCCAACAUGAUGUUGAAUGUUGGAAAUUGUUUACAGGAUAUCAAUUGAAAUUAGUCGGUAUUUAUAAUUGCAGUAUGUGUGUUUGGCAUUGAUGGGUUAUAAAUCAAUAAAUUUGAUUACAUGUUUA